AUGGUGCUGUUCGAUAAGAUCAACAUAGGAUACGCUGAUUUCACAGACUUGCAGGUGGAGAGAGUGAACGGAGUUGAACUAAAGAAUAUGCAGCAACUACGUAAGCUCAUAAAAAGCUGUCGCACCGAGGAUUUGAGGUUGGACUUGGAAAAGGGAAAGGUUAUUGUCCUCAACUAUAAAUCUGCAAAAGAAGAAAGUUGGUUGAUCUUGAAACGUUAUGGAAUAGCAUCGCCAACGUCCCGUUAA